AUUUUUAUUUAUCAAUUGUUUCCAUAGUGAUUUCUAAAAUGUGUGCAUUUUUUUAAGACAUAAUUAAUUAAUUUAUUUGAACAAAGCGAAUAAAAAAACAUAUAAAAAAGUGAGAUUUUGCCGCAAUCAUAUCAUCAUUUAUUUACCUUAUUUCAGUUUCCGACAUGUCAAAAGACCUAGAUAGCAGUCAUGAAAAAACAAGAAAUGAUAUUAAAAGAAUAGAGACUAUCGAAUCAACAUUGGCAAGAAUAGUACCACAGUUUGAAUCUUAUAUUCAAAACAAGACGGAUGAUAUAAAACAUAGAAUGCACGAACAGCGCAUAGACAAGAUUGAAUCUGAACUCGCUUUAGUUUCUAACAAAACAGACAAUCUCCUUGACAUGAACGAUGACAGUGAAAACGGGAUGGUACAGUUACAAAGAACUAUAAAAAAGGCAUUCCACGGAGAAAAAAUAAAAAGAUCGAAUAUGGAACUUGAAAUGAAUGAAAAGAUAAAGAACAUUGAAGACUACUGUGUAAACUUUACAAAAACAUCUGGACAACUUAUCAACGAGUUCAAGAAAGAAGUUGCUAUUGAAAACAAAGAAUUUGCAGCCGAGACAGAUAAAAAACUAAUUAACGUUAACAAUACAAUAAAUGACAAUAAAAUCGAUAUUGAGACAAGCGUUGAUGAUUUAGAAAAUGAAUUUUCCAAGACAAAGAAAACACUUUCAAAUCUGGAAGAUAUUAUAUUAAAGGACAGGACAGACGGAGGAUGGAGUUGUUGGGGCAAUUUUACCUCGUGCAGUGCCACGUGUGGUAGAGGAAUAAUGAUGAGAUCUAGAACCUGCACAAAUCCCAAGCCAUCUCUCAAAGGAAAAUACUGUGAAGGUUCUCCAAUACAAAUAGCAGUCUGUAAUAGGAACCCAUGUCCAGUUGAAAAGGCCGUAGUUACAACCAAGGAGCCAGGUUGUAAACUGGCAGAGGUCGAUCUUGUCAUAAAUAUUGAUUCAUCACUAAGUAUGCGGAAGUCUAAUUUCCAGACGAUGCUUGAUUUCUGCAAAGAGCUUGUGGACUACACUGAUGUAGACAGCGGUAGUGUUCGCAUUGGUGUUCUCAUAUACAGUACAGAAGUAGUGAUUCAAUUUCAUUUGAAUGAAUACAACACCAGUGCAGCAGUGAAGGCUGCUAUUGAUAAAAUACCUUAUAUUUACGGAAAUACAAACACUGCUGAUGCUAUAUUGACUAUGUACUCAAGAAUGUUCACAAGAUCAAACGGAGAUCGUCCAGGAGUUCCAAAUGUCGGUAUUUUGUUAACAGAUGGUGUUUCAAAUAUCAACGCUGGAAGAACUAUCCCAGAGGCCAACAUUGCUAGGACGAAAGAUAUCUUAUUAUGCCAUUGGUUAGAAAAGUUAAUGAAUUUGAGUCAAUAA